AGCAGCUCGCUGCACAAAGUGGGAGAGGAGAGAAGAGAGAGGGAAGCAGCAAAAGAGAAGAGGAGGUGGAGGGGAUGCAAUGAGCCCCCGACUAUAGUCGCUGUCCACGGGCGGACUUGAGGACUACAUACAAAAGGACUGGGGGUCUUCUCGGCAAAGCUUCCUAGUCCCAUUCUUACUUCCCUCCCUCUUUCUCCUCUCCUAUUCUUUCAGAGGCAGAUUUAUAUUCAUGAUUUUUUUGUUUGCAAGAGGACUUCCAUCUGCCGGGUGCGCAGGGAGCACUGGGAGCUGUCCGGUGCUGAACUUGCUUCCGGAGGAGGCAGCAGAGGAAUUUCUCUAUUUCUCUACAAUCUUCCAAAUUUAAAAGCAGAGGUCACGCUGGACAGGCCAGUCCGCUGUGUUUGCGUGUGUGUGGACUUGUGUGUCUGAGUGUGAGUGUGUGUGUGUGUGUGUGUGUGUUUUGCACCACCAUGCCGAGGUCUUUCCUGGUAAAAAAGGUGAAACUGGAUGAUUUCUCCACCGGGGCUGAUUUGGAGAAUACAUACCGGCCCAGGACAGAGCUCAGUUUGCGGCUCCAUGAAAAAGCAGGCUAUAUCAGUGACUACAUCAGCCCAUCUGUGUACGAUGGUGAGAGCGACGGCGGGAUCAAGGUGCCCUCCCCGGACCCCCUCUAUGAUGGCAUUCACAGUGACUACGGCGCCCCGGAUUCGGAGUCUCCUGACAGCCCGGGCUCGGAACUAACCGACGGCUACAUCAACGGCGACGCGGCGGUGAGCGAAGGCUACACAGUGGACGCCUUCUUCAUCACAGAUGGCCGCUCAAGGAGGAAAGCCAUGGGCAGCCCUCGCAGCAUCCAGAGGCACACGUGCAACGAGUGCGGCAAGACCUACGCCACUUCGUCCAACUUGAGCCGACACAAACAGACGCACCGCUCUCUGGACAGCAAGCUGGCCAAAAAAUGCCCCACCUGCGGCAAGGUGUACGUAUCCAUGCCCGCCAUGGCCAUGCACCUGCUCACGCACGACCUCAAACACAAGUGCGACGUGUGCGGCAAAGCGUUCAGCCGGCCGUGGCUCUUACAGGGUCACAUGCGCUCCCAUACGGGCGAGAAGCCCUUCGGGUGCGCCCACUGCGGGAAGGCCUUCGCAGACCGCUCGAACCUGCGCGCUCACAUGCAGACACACUCGGCCUUCAAACACUUCAAAUGCAAACGCUGCAACAAGACCUUCGCGCUCAAGAGUUACCUGAACAAGCACUACGAGUCGGCCUGCUUCAAAGGUCCCUUCUCUCCUCUCGGGCCACUGGAUGCAUGACCCCACUCCGCUCCCUCCGUCUCUUGCAAAUACGAACAAAAUCGCCAUUAUUCUUACAGACGAUAUAUUUUUGUUUCCGACCUGGCUUUCUCUUCCUUGCUCACAGUGUGCACCUCGCUUUCCCCCGGAGCCAAUUAACGCUGAUGAAGAUAGCACAAUUUGUACUCCUUGACUUUAAGGAUUGAACUGUUUUACGCAUGCACUUCCUGAGAAAAACAAACUGUUCACCUCUUCUUCCUGCUCUGGACAGAGACAAUAGUAAUAAUAACGAUAGGAAUAUGGCUUCUAUCCUGCAGAUCUACACAUGGAUGAUGACGAGGAUGAUGCCGGCAGUGAGCUAAUGGCUCCUGGCUUCCUCUCUGCACUACAACGCUUACAACCACUUUUUUUUUUUUUUUUUAAUAGUAAUCAUUAUAGUAAUGAUAAUAAUAAUAAUAACAAUGUUCUUCUGCACCAAGUGACCAUAUUUUGAGGUAAAAAAAAUAUUAUCUAUGUAUUUAUUUCGUAUUUAUUAUUCAUUUAUUUAAUAUGUUUUUAAUUUUAGGUUGCACUUUGCUUGAUUUUAUAUUUAUUUUUUGUUUACUUUUUUUUCAAAAAUCACAACAGGCCAAAGCAUAUGUCACUUUUUAGUGCAAUUUUUUCUAAUUAUGUUCUCUUUUUUAUGAAUUGCAUGCAAAAACACAAACAAAAAAACUAUGCCAACGUCAUAAAAAGCUUUUUUUUUUUUUCUUUGCCAAAAUUCUAUAAAUAGAACCUGAGGGCAAUAUUUUUCUCUUGGAGCCUCUGUAGGACUUUUUUCAAAGCAAUAAUCACACUAAUGCAUGGUAUUUUACGAAGUAUUACCUACUACUGUAUAGCAGUUUUCAAAAUCAGGUAUGUUUUACUUCACCUAUAGUCAAUAAACAGAAAAAGGCAAAUAUUACAGACAUCAGGGAACAUGCCAAUGUAGUGUUAGAGAAAGAAAAAAGAAAAGAUUUCCUCUCUUGUUAUGCACUGCCUGCCUCUUAGUGAAUAGAACUAAUGUAGGAUUUUAGGGAAGGGAGCUGGGAUCAGCCGCUUUGCUGGCUUUGAGGCCUGUUGUAGGGCAACUGCAUACAGAUACGGUAAAAUCCUAACAUUUAAGCUAAAGGACAGCAGUCGAGGUAAAAAAAUGUUUUUGAAAAACACCCCUGCGGUGAUCUGCAGGUGCAUGAAGCUGAAGUGAAGGCAGACUAUUCAGCAAGUUGGAUGAUGCCCUGUGGUCAGCUUGAAAUGUAAUGCAUUAUUCAACCACGCAUCCUUUUAAACCAUAAAGUGUGCAUUCUUAGGCCGCGGAGAAAAAGCGUGCAAUUAUAUAGCUGGAUGGUCUUGCACCUUCACGGUUACAGCGCUCUUCCCUAUACAUUAGUCCCGCUUAUUCUGCAAUAGGAAGCCGUACAUUCCUAGUGAACCAGUAGAUGAACCCAUACGGAACAAUGGAUGGUGUGAUCCACAUGGAUGAUAGCAGUGCGGCUGAAGCCAGCUCUCUAACCCUCCCAAAAAAACAUCCACUGCAGAUUCCUGGAGCUUCCCUGGAGACACACGGAGGACACACACAAUUGCACACAAAAAAAUUGAGCUCGGUAAUGACGAUUGGAUGUUAUGUAAGCUCGCGUAGCCGCACACUCCGAGAGGGAACAUCUGUCUGAUUAUACGCCACACAUCCCAGCCAAGCGUCCAACAAUUGGAAAUAAUGGAUUUAAUAUGAACAAGAGAUUCUCUUACAAAGGACUUGUGAUAAUUGCAGACUUCCUCAGGCGUAUUUAACCUUUAUUUAAUCAAAGAUGAAGAUCCAGACUUUAAUAGGGAGAUGAUUCAAUUAGUGACUCAGUACGUUUUGAGGGUGCUAAGGACAAAAGGAAGGCUUGCACUGAACAUGCACUGAUGGCCUACUUUCACCUUCAUCUCAGACAUAAAGUAAAACCAAGACAAACACAUCUGAGAAUGUUCUGAAGGCGGCAGUUUUGUAUUGAGGUGUUAUGUUGCGGGUGUCGAUCUAAUCUUGAAGCCUUUGAAAAAUGAGCCUCAAACGGAGUACGAGCGUUUUUAUCCGGGAAUUGUUCAAACCUUGUCAAAGUUAUGUAGCAAGCAGUGAAAAGCACAAGAACACAAAUAGAGUAAAAGCACAAAUAUAUUGGAGACCAAGACAAAAAGCGCGAUCAGAGAGCGUAGACCUUCCGCCGAGUUUGAAAUGUUUGUCAACUGCAAAAUUCAUGGCUAAAAUAACAGAGUGGAAUGCAGUCGCUCACAAAGGGUGCUGUGUACACCUUACAUUUCUGCAACCAUUUUUAUUCCAGUACAGUGUAUGUUCUCAUGGGACAAUACUAUAAACUUGGAUCUACUUUACAGUUGUCAGUGUACAGCUUGUAUAGCAGUGCAGUCGUCCCUCGCAAUAUCGCUGUUCGAUUAUCGCUCCCUUGCUAUGUCGCUGUUUUUCAGAAACUAAUAACUAAAGCUGACCGUGGUGACUAUGGUCUAUUAUUAGUCAAAGCAUCUUGAUAUACAAGUGAUAUGUCAUACUCUGGUCACUAGGUGGCAGUAAUGACACAAUUUGAGACAUUACCUUACAUUACAUUACCUUAACACUGCAUGAAGUCAGCCAUGGCAUGUCUGGCAUGAUAGCGCGACUAAAACCUCUCCUCCCAUUCCGUGUGGAAGUGGUAAGUUUUUGGCUUCUUAAGUUUAGAAGACAUAAAUUCGCGGCAAACUGGUUAGCUCGCUAGCUGGCUAGCUUGUUAGCUCGCUAAUUUGCUAGCUGGCGGCCGUCUCGAGUCCCUGCAGCAUAAGAGUUGUGCAGUGUGAUGUAAAUAAUUAAUAAUAGGAGUGUAAAGGUGACUAUAGGUGUGUUAUUUCAUGUCUACAGGGCUCUAAUAAUGUUAAAAAACGUAUUUAAAACGUCAUAAACAGGUUUUCUAUGCUCUCCCUGCUGAAAGAAAACAGCAUAGACCAACAUGGAAAUUAUGCUGGUCUAUGCUGGUCAGUGCUAACUACAAAAAUAUUAAAUUUAUUAACACUGAAUCAUAUAUUGCGGAAAUGUAUUUAUUGCAGUCGAGUCUGGAAUCAAUUGACCGCUAUAAAUGAGGGAAGACUGUAUAGAUUCAAUAUCUCCUGAGAAUGAGCCAACACAUCAAAAUAGCUGGCAGCACAAGUGAGUAGCAAGAUUAUGUAAUGCCUCCAGUCUAGCAUGGUGGUGGUAGCAUCAUGGUCUGUGGCUGCAUGAGUGCUGCCGGCACGGGGGCGCUGUAUUGAGAGAAACUUUGAAUUCCUACAUGUACAGGUGGUCCUCGGGUUACAAAUGACUUCCAUUCCUAGACUGUGAUGUAAGUUUGAGUGUAAGUCAGACCUUAUACCUAAAUUAUACCUAAAUGAACUCUUAACUCCCUCACACUGUACUCGGAACACAUGAAGGGCAUAUAAAAUACAGUAAUAAAUGGAUGAAAUACAAGAAUUCAAUGAAAAACUAAAAAAAUCUUAACUUGUAUGCCUGUGGUUGUCCGACCUACUCUACUUAAAUAUUGUCUCAGGCUACUCUGGAAGGACAAGCUCCUCCCACAUCUCCUUGUAACAGCGCACAGAAUCCAUGACCCCUCCAGCAUUCAUUCUUUUUAAAGACGGUCAUGACAGUCAAGGGGUUCAGACUAAUAUUGGUGGGCGUGUCUCUUCUCUCCGAACCUUUUAUGAUGAUCAUUUUCACUUCCAUGGUGACGGCUUUCCUUUUCUUUGGCGCAAUCCCGCCUGGGAGAACAUAAUGAAAUAUUAACUAAUAAGCAAUGUUAUUCUUCUUCUGUGUGGCUGUGCAGGCACGCACUGCAUUCUUGUGCCGUGCAUAGCGCAUAUUCUUCCUCCGCAGCGUAGUGUAGCUAGUUCUCCAGUGAGUCUUGUGUUUCCUGACCAAAACUGAGCUUUUAAUCCAGUUAUGGGAGUGCGCCUGUAACCACGAAACAUCAGAACACAGAUCACCGUAAACAGAGGACCACCUGCACUGUGAAAUUCACUCCAGCUCAAAUGUCACCUUUAUCCAGAUCUGCAUCAAAAUGGCCCAUGCAUCACCUUUCUUGGAAGUUUCGCAGAAACAUAAAGCCGUUUUUGCGUAAUCCUGCUAAUUAUCAGCACAAUGAACACAUCAACCUUCCACCUUGUGCAAUUCAUGCUUGGAAGAGGUCAAAAAAAUCCGACAAAUGCCUGAACACUAAUUUGUGAACACGCUGAACUGAAUUAUUUGCCUGUUAAUUGCGCAAUUACACGAGUGUAAGUUGAGUGUCGGAUAACAACAUAACCUCUUUGCUGAGCAAUACAAUUGUACGUGUGUUCGAUGAGCAUCCGAUCGCCACGGCCGUAUUGUGUCUCUCCAGGCGAGCUCCACAUCUCUUGCUCUUCAAGCACUUCCAUUCUAAUCAUCGCCACCUCAAAAAGAAGUAGCACAAAGAAACUAACUAGAAAUUCAGGUAGAGAAGUAAAUUGAAAACUUGUACUAGCUUGACCUCGCUUUUCCUUUCUCCCCCCCCUUUUUUUGUAUUUCGAGCUGAAGGGCGACUUAAAUAAUCGUUUAUUGGACGAGGGUUUGUAAAAAAAAAAAAAAAAAAAAGGAUUGAGGCAUUUUUACCGCUGUACAGUGAUAUCUGACACACUUUAUCUCAGGAGAUCUCGGGAGGAUCUCCUGGGUCUUUUGAGCCAGUAUUUAGACAAUGUAAGCACAAUGAACACAAAGCAUUUUGUGGCACUUCAUAAUAAAGAACUAUCUUAACCUACGGAUGCUUUCUUGUCUUGUUUUGGCUUUGUUUAUUUUAUUUUUUUUUUUAGAACGAGUGGUGCUAAUUUGUUUGUGAUGAUGUUUUUCAUUUAACAAAAAGAUGGUGAUGCAUACAGCUAAAUAAGAAUCCGCCCAUCCAUUUUCUAUGCCGCUUCUCCUCAUUAGGGUCGUGGGGGCAUGCUGGAGCCUAUCCCAGCUGACAGGUGGGGUACACCCUGGAAUGGUCGCCAGCCAAUCACAGACCAACAAACAUUCAUACCUAUGGACAAUUUAGAGUCACCAAUUAACCUAACAUGCAUGUUUUUGGAAUGUGGGAGGAAACCGGAGUACAUGCAAACUCCACACAGAAAUGCCCAAGGGAGAAUCAAACCCAGAUCUUCCCGACCUCCAGACUGUGACUGUGUGGCCUACAUGUUAACCACUAGACCACCGUGCAGC